AGCGAGUAUCCAUUUUUAGGUGUCAUCAUAACAACUCAUAACUCAACCUCUGGAGAGUUUGUUAUAUUAUUAUUCGUAAAUUGUAGGUGGCAUAGUUGCAGUUGAAAAUCAUAAGAGAAAAGAAAUUGGAUAGUGAUUAUUUCGGUUCGUUAUCGUUGAAACGUUUUUUCAAAUCUGGUGUGGUGAAUAAAAUCACCUUCUCUCUCUCACGCACACACACUUCAUCUCUCACUCAAACAAAACAAAAUGCAGAGGAGGAACCCUCACACCCCCACCUCCGAUCUCCUAACAUGGUCCGAACAGCCUCCGCCGGAUUCCUCAGCCUCUGGCCACCGCUCUCGCCAGCCUUCUGAUAAAAUCGGUGAGGUUCUCCGCGGAAGCCAGCUAACCGCGGCGGAAGAAACACAGAGCCUGACAAAAAAGAAACCCUGCUCAGGAUAUAAAUUGAAAGAGAUGACUGGAAGUGGUAUAUUUUCGGGUAAUUCUGAAGAUACCACAUCAGAAGAAAAUUCUGCAAAUUCAAGAAACAGAACAAGCAUACGCGUAUAUCAGCAAGCAAUGAAUGGAAUCAGUCAGAUAUCAUUCAGCACUGAAGGAAACAUUUCUCCAAAAAAACCAACCUCCCUACCUGAGAUAGCAAAGCAGCGUGAACUUAGUGGAACAUAUCGAAGCGAAUCAGUCAUGAAGAUCAACAAGCAAACAUCAAGUGCCAAGACCAAGGAGCUCAGCGGAAGUGAUAUAUUUGCCCCUCCUGAAAUUGUGCCUCGUUCACUGGCUGCUGCACACACUUUGGAAUCAAAAGAAAGUGAAGACACAAGAAAACCUGUUCCACAAAAAGUGAGCACAUCUGCACAAGUUUCUAAUCGUGCUGGUGGCCAAAGUAAUUUCUCAUUCAGUGAAGAACCAGUUAAGAAGAUAUUAAGAAAAAAAAUACAUGACCAGAAGUUUGCAGAGAUGACAGGCAAUAAUAUUUUCAAGGGAGACGCUCCUGCAGGAUCACCGGAAAAACCUUCGAGCAGAGCUAAACUUAGAGAAAUGGCUGGAAAUGACAUAUUUGCGGACGGAAAGGCAGAAAACAGAGAUAAUAUAAGAGGUGCACGCAGACCCCCAGGUGGAGGAAGCAGCAUUGCCCUCGUUUAAAUUUGAUUAUCUAAAUUCGUUCAAUUAACUGUGUGCGUUCUAUAAAUUCCUGAGGUUCCGUGUUUUGACGGGAAGGAUCAGUGUGUUGGAUUGUCAACAUUGUAUAUUUAUGGUAUAACCCCCGACACAGAAUAAUUUGCUUUACCAUAUAAUGGGUACAAACGUUUAUUUAUGUUGAUAUACACAGUCAUAUAUUGGAUAAAUAAAAUUGUUGAGAUAUUUUUUUUAAUAA